AUCUGAGCAUCAUUGCUGCAGCCAUCAACACAGGCUGGGUCAGUUCCAGUUAAAAAAACAAAGGGUGAGUCUCAAUGCAAACUGCAGCCACGAGUACUUACCCCCGGGCUCUGCUGCUGGGGCCAUGGAGCCGCAACCUGGGUGUUUUGUCAGCCUCUAUUUAACGCACACGCUUCUCCUUUGGUUGUUCCCCAAACUCCAUCCGGUGCACUGAUUUCCCCAGCGAGGAGCUUGUCUAAACAGCAGUGGUUUGACUGCUUUAACUGGUGUUGUUUAAGUGCUUAAUCCUCCUAGGCCCCAUAGAGGUAUACUAGCACAAACAUUAACAUUCAGGGAGAGUAUCUGCUUUAAAGCACCUCUCUAGGGCUAGGUACUUGCAUCCAUGGUAGCAUGGCAUUAAAUAGCAGUCAGUUAAGUUUGCCUGUGAUGGUUUUAUAGAAACAUAAAUACUCCUGGGGAAAAAGUUGGUUGUAGGACAGUUGAUGUCCAAAUAUAUUUUGGGUCCUUAAUUACUUUCUGAUAUGUUUCUUGGUUUCAUGGGCUGAAAAUGUUUAGGAUCUUUGAUGGUGUCUUGCUGGUGUAGAGUGACUUGGUCCUUUUCCUGGCCCAUGUCCUCGUCUGAGGCCUGCAGCGUUGUAGAUAUUGCUCCUGUAUGGGAUGGUUCUUAUAAACUGUUUACCUCCUAAGAUAUUAAAGGGCUAAUCUACACCAGAGCACCUCGACUGAAGUAACUGUGUUGCAAGAACCUAGAAAUGCUAUAGCAACCAUUCCCUCAGCCUAUUUUAGUCUCUGAGAAGCUGUGGCAAAAAAAGGUGUCUGUAACCAUGUCCACAGGAGGGGUUCUGCAAACAUCAGUGUCUCGGUUGUGAAUUGUUACCUUCCUUCACAGCCAUCUUAAGAGCAGCCUGGGGAGCUCUUGCUGCCCAUGCUUCUCCAGGGUGCAUAUUACCCUCUGUUGUGCUGGUAAAAUGGUGGCUGGGCAUGCUGAAGCCCACGUGGGAUUAGUUAGAUCACCAUCACUGGGCUGGUGAGCUGGCCUCUUCUCUUUCACUUUCUUCCUGCUUCACCUGCUGAACUAAAGGGUAUUUUUCUUCCCUUUCUCCUAAAUAGCAACCCCCUCCCCCCUUUGUGUUGCUGAGCUUGACCAGGAUUUCUCAAAUUUUCUGGCACUUUAUUCCCUCCCUCUCUUAUUUGUUGUUUGCUUCGGAUCAUUGCCCUUCCUACAACUGUCUGCGUACCCAUCUCCUUGGAAACAGCAGGACUUGUUUAUGUGAAGGCAAUAAGGAAACUAAUUGAUUUGUAGCAGCUGCAGACAUGCAAGAAAGCAGGGUUCCUUCCAUCGGAGGAUGGUAACUCAUGAAAAAGUGAGCCUCUAUUUGUGCUGACUGCUGAAGGGUUAGAUGGUAUGGGCAAAAAUGACCUUCUUACACUUACAUUUCCAAUUUGUGUUCCACUUAAUAGCAGCAGCAGGAAGUUUGGUGUGUGUGUAUGUGUAUUUUUAAGGACCAUUUUUUGUUAGUCCUUUUUGUCAUCAGUGUGUAGGAGUUGAGAAGCAACAGGAAAAUGGGUAAGUCUCACUUAUUUUGUACUUCGAGGAAUAUCAUGCUGUGCCAUGCCAGGUACUUUGUGAAAUAUCGUGCCAGUGCCCCAUGCCAGACCUAUGUUCUCUCCUGUCCCCAACCCUGAUCUCUCUGUGUCUGUGGGACUUCCCCAUCUGUUAGUUGAGUUUCCUGGUCCUCCAGGACAGAGCUGUGGAGGCCCACAAACAACUUAAACAUGCCGUACACCUGGUGGGGCCACCAGGUGGGACCUCUCACUUAUCCUCUGCCUCCCUGCCCACCCAGCCUGAAGAGCCAGCUGCCUGGGCUUGGUGUGGCCAGCCAGCACCAUGAGAUGGUGGCAGGGCCCCCUGGGAAGCUCUCCAGAAAAAUCCUGUGGUGCAAGGGUGGGCAGCUCCCCCUCUGAGGCCCAGGUGGCCAAGGAGGGGCCAUGUCAGUGCCAAGGAGGCAGUGCCAGUGCCAGGGGGGGCAACCUGAGAUGUGGGAUCUGUCCUGGGGUUGUUUGCACGCAAAAACAGUGGUGUCUGGGAGGCCUGAAGUCAAGCAAGCCCUGGCAAUGAGUUGCUGAUGUCAACAACUCUGUGAUGACAGCUUGGAGAAGGAAGAAAGUAUUUCCAUGUACCUUCAGUUUCGUGUGUAUCUUGAAGAGGCGGUGAGGAUGGAUGCUGAUUUUUUUUUUCUAUUUUGUAUGGCCUCUGAAACACUGCUGGAAGAGCUGUUCCUGGAAACCUGUCAUUGAAAACUUUCUUCCCCACCCGGCUAUGGAUUCAGAAUCAAAGGACAGCUUUAUAGGAAGCUUUCUUCAGCCACCAGAUAAAAUGAUUCCUGCAUCCUUCGCUUAUACAGAAUCAAAGCAGUUGGCAGCUCUUGGAGUUGACAUGCCUUCUAUCUCCAAUAACCAAGCUGUGGUGGCAGCCCUGAGAACUCUUCAAGAAAAGAUACACCGUCUAGAGCUGGAGAAGUCACAAGCUGAAGAUAAUCUGUGCAGCCUCUCCAUAGCAGCUGCUCAGUAUAAGAAGGCCUUAGAGCAUGAAUCCUACAAAAAAGACACAGCACAUCAAGAACUGAUGCAACAGAGGAAAGUUAUAAGUGUGCAGUUAAAUGCAACACAAUCCCGCUGCUCCCUGCUGGAGAAACAGCUGGAUUACAUGAGGAAAAUGGUUUCUAGUGCGGAACUGGAAAAGAAAAUGGUUUUAGAACAACAGACCCAGCUUCAGAAAGAGAAAGAUCAGAACCAGGUGGAACUGCAUGCCAAACUUGAAAAACUUGAAGUACUAGAAAAAGUAUGUCUUAAACUUACUGCUACUCAAAAAAUUGCAGAGGACAAAAUCAAACACUUAGAAGAAAAGCUUUCUAAAGAAGAGCAUCAGCACAAGCUAAUACAAGACAAAGCUACUCAGCUUCAAAAAGGAUUUGAGAUAAGCAGAAUUUCGAUGUCUUCAGUAUCAUCUGAAAAUGAACGUAAAAAGAAAAAAAGGAAGAAAAAUAAACCUAAGAAGCAGAAAAAUCCUACAGUGAAGAAAACACACCCUUCACAAUUUCACGUAAAGGCGGGUGUACUACCUUUUGUGGCUGGGAAGUCUGUCAGCUCCAGUCAUUCCGUUAGUGCAAAUGUACAAAGUGUGUUGCAUAUUAUGAAGCAUCGCUGUCCACGUAUCACAUCACAAAGACAAGAUGGAGCUACAUCUGGGAUUUCAGGACAAACUGCUCUUUCAAAACCUGUAUCCUCUUGUUCUACAUCAUCUACUGUCACUGGAAGUCUUUCCGACCUUCUCUUGGCCAUACAAGAUGAGAUGAGCCAAAUGAGCUUUGAACAUCAAGAACUUCUGAAGCAGAUACAGGAAACUCAGGACUCCAAAGUUCGUGAAGAUCUAGAACAGAAGCUGAGUUGCCUUGUAAAACAAAUGAACAUUAAAGAAGAACAAAUAUCCAAGCUGAAGAAGCACCAGACUAGCGUGCAGAAAUUAAAGCGAAAGACUCAGAAAUUGAAACAAGAGGCAGCUCAUGUCAAACUAAAAUCUGGUAACCAAAAGGAAGCAAAGGAGAUUACAGUCACUGUAAGGCAAAGUAUGUCCAAAUCUCGUGCUGGACAGAAAAGUAGCAGCUCCCUUCAGCUGCUAAAAAAUGUGCAGAAGCUUCAGUUGGCACUGAAAAAAGAUGAUAUUAUGUGGGAACAAUAGUUCUAAAGUUUACUGUGUUAGAAGUUUUGAAGUUGUCUGACAGCUAGUGAAUUUUAAAUUUCACAAAGUAGCUUUUAAAAAUAAAAUAUAGCAAUUCACAUUCUAAACUAUCUAACAACUAGUAGGUCAUUUUGUUCUCCUCAGAAUUAACUUUCAUGUAGCAUAGCUAUAAUUCCACUACACUGAAUUGUAAUAAAGUAUUUUAAUGGAUUGAUGAAAUGCUUACGCAUUAACUUGUCAAAUAAAAUUUAAUACCCUUCUUAAACUUAAAA